CCGGACUAAAUCAUUUGUACUGAAAGUCGAGACAUGUUCUACAGAGCGUGCAGAGGUUGAAGCAUCAGGACUAGAAGACGACUCUUAAAGUCAUACUAUGUCUCAAGCAGUUGUCGUGCUUGAUUCUCACUAAAGUCAACAUCAAGGACGACUUUAUUAAAGACAUGCCCGAUAUGCAGUGUCUAAGACAUUUGGAUGUUUCCUUUAGCGGUUUAAGUUUUGGAGGUCUCUGUCUCAUGCUGGCGAACACUACAAAGUUAAAGCAAUGUGUCUGUGUUGGGGUUAAGGUGCCUUCUGAAGAGUCGGUUGGUGAUAUGUUUAGUGGUGUAUCGGCGGGAGAUGUCUUGGUUUUGUCAAAUAAGAGCAGCGUUGAAGAGCUUGUUGAUUUGCUUUAUGUUCAUCGACGAGCCGCGAAAACGGUCGAAUCGCUGAUUGAAUGUACUGAUUCUUUGACUACAAACUCGAGUGAGGUUUUUAAUUCACAGAAGAAAAGCAAGCACAAGAUUUCUUUCAUGGCAGAUUGGAUGACUCACUAUCCUUGGCUGCUUGCGAUUCCGGACGAGGAUGAACCAGAGAAAAUUCAUGGUUUAAUUUGCAUGUUAUGUUAGCACUAUCGGACAAGACAGUCAAGUUGUACUGGUACUUGAUCAACAAUGGUGUGCCGAGCUUACUACACGAGGUGGCAGUAACUUGUGAAUAGCAAGAGUAGGGCUGAGAAUGAUGGUGGAAUUCAGGUAGUGUUUGAAAGACAAAUGUGC